AUGGCAGAGCACAGGGAGCGAGGGAGGACACACAGGGCGCACGAUGGAGCCGCACAGAUGGAUACUCAGCGUGUUUUUGUGGCUCCCCCCUCACCAGUGUUAUCUCCCAGGCCUCUUGCUCCGACCUCUCCUCGACUCAGUCCAGCAGGAUCUGGUAGGUCCCAGCCUGAAGGAUCUAGCGGAUCACAGACACCAACUUCUGCCCCACAACACUCUGUCCGUCCCUUAGCACCCGUUGGUGCUUCUGCGCCUGAUCGAUCUCAACCCGAAGGAUCUUUGAGACUCCACCCUGUGGGUUCUCUGUUCAGUUCUAAAGAUGAGUCUGGCAGAUCUCAGCCAGAGGGGUCAUGUCCAGGUCUUCUGUCUCCAACAAGCCACUACAGACCCCUAUCUCCUGCACCAUCCUCACCCCGCCACUCUCCAGCCCCGAGCCCCAGAGGAUCACCACAGCCAAGUAGAUCCCACCUUCCCAAGCGUCCAGACAGACUUCAGGAACCAAUUAUACGACCUAAUAGUAUUCAUCCACCACAAGAUGAAACCGACAAAUCACCUUUCAAUGGGACCAUUGGGUGGAAUGAACAGAACAAAGCAGGAGAUGAUUUCAGGAUAUAUGUUAUUACUUGGAAUGUUGGAUGUGCUGUGCCACCUACAGACCUCACCUCCUUGCUCUGCCUUAAUGCUGGAGAUGGCAAGACCGAUAUGUUUGUUAUAGGGUUACAGGAGGUCAACUCCAUGAUCAAUAAGCGUCUGAAAGAUGCGCUCUUUUCGGAUCAGUGGAGCGAGGUGUUUAUGGAUGUGCUGAGUCCAUUUAGCUAUGUGCUGGUCAGCUCGGUUAGGAUGCAGGGUGUCCUGUUGUUGGUGUUUGCCAAGUAUUUUCACUUGCCCUUUCUGCGGGAUGUACAGACUGACUGCACUAGAACUGGCCUUGGAGGUUAUUGGGGUAACAAAGGUGGAGUCAGCACUCGAUUGUCCUUGUUUGGUCACAUGGUGUGUUUCCUGAACUGCCAUUUGCCAGCUCACAUGGAGAACUCAGAUCAACGUGUGGAUAAUUUUGAGAGCAUCCUUCAGCUUCAGCAGUUCCAGGGGCCCCUGGCUAAUGGUGUGCUGGACCAUGAUUUAAUCUUCUGGUUUGGGGACCUGAAUUUUCGAGUUGAUGAUCUGGACUUGCAUUUUGUAAAGUCUGCCAUUCAAGGCAACAAGCUGUCUCUGCUCUGGGGAAAAGGAUCAGCUAAACAUGGCUAAAUGCUAUGAGCCCGUGCUCUCAGGAUUUAUGGAAGGGCCUCUGACCUUCCCUCCCACCUACAAAUAUGAUGUGGGGACCAAUACAUAUGACACUAGCUCUAAAAAGAGGAAGCCUGCAUGGACUGAUCGCAUCUUAUGGAAAAUGAAAAAUCCUCUCUCCCAGAAUGCUUCAGGGAAGGCAGACAUGAGCAGCUCAAUGUCUUCAGAACUUUCCAUGACGCUUCUCAGCUAUGGGUGCCAUAUGCAUUAUACAGAGAGUGACCACAAGCCAGUGUCUGCUAUUUUCUCUUUGAAGUUUUCUACUUCUCUCGUUGCCCCACUGGUACAUAUCUGGGUACGUGAUGAAUGGCUACAGCCUGCAGAUGCCCAUGUGACUUAUCGGUGGUCUCCUGUAUACAUGAAGAGUUCCUGGGACUGGAUUGGACUAUAUAAGGUUGGAUUCCGACAUCAUAAAGAUUACGUGUCCUAUGUGUGGGUGAAGACUGACGAUGACAACGAUGGAGGAAGACACCAGUACCAGGUAAUGUUCAGUGAAGAAUCUCUUCCCAAAGGCACCGGUGAAUAUCUGCUUGGUUAUUACAGCAACAAUAUGAGCACUUUAAUUGGGGUUACUGAGCCCUUUCAGAUCUGUCUGCCAGGUGCUGAAGUAAGCUCAUCCUGUGACAGCUCUGACUCCAGUUCAGAAGAUGAUAAUAGCACUCAUGUCCUACUCCGACUAAAAUCCCGAAGCCCCAGCCCAGCCAGUGCUCGUUCCCCACGGAGCAGAAGUCCAGCUCUUACACGUCUGCAUGACCUUAUUAUUCCUGGUUCCUCUAGACAGAAGAGCCGCAGUCCGUCUCCACGUAGAGCUAAGAGUCCCAAACAAGAGCGGUCACAAAGGUCUAGGUCUAGGGAUCCGACCCGGGAAUCCCUAGGUAAUAAAAUCCACAGUCCUUAUGUGCCACUUUCUGCUGCUGUGCCCACCGUGAGACCAGAAGCUGUGGGACAAGGCUUCAGUGCACAAGGGACAAUGCCAGUCUCUCCUGUAGGGAAUCCCAGCUGGCCAGCUGCUGCUGCUCCACAGCCCAAAGACUCACACAGUCAAACUCAGAGCCAACAGAAAGCAAAGUAG